ACUAACAUGGCACCACGGUUUCACACUUUCACGAAGAAAUCCCGAACCCCUCGUGACAAAAAUAGCAAAAAACAUGCCCCUAUGGUCACCUUCAAUCCACUUCACAUAGUCCCCGAGAUCGAAACCGAUGAACCGGUUAACAUAAACUGCGACGAGCAGUUUAACUAUCAAGUACCCGUGUUUGAUCCACUUUCAAGCGAAUGGUUUCAAGGAGAUUCAGAAGUAGCGGAGUUUGCCGCUGAUAUGGAAAGGUUAUUAGGAAAGAGUCAUGACAAUGAGGUGGUAGCUUGUGGAUUAAAUGAACCGGUUAAGGUUGAAGAUGAAAAUUGUGAAUUAGUUUGUGAUGGAUAUGAUCAUGUGAAUGUCUAUAGAGAUAUGUUCUAUGACAAUAUUCGCGAUAUGCGUAACAAAACUAUGAACAUGUUGAAGUUAGAUUAUAAUGGGAUCAUUGCUGGUUGGGAUGAUGAGAGAUCUCCAUGGACCACGGGUAACCCGCCGGAGUUGGACCCUAAAGAUUGCAUGGUUGGAAGUGAAGAAAUGAGGCGUUGUGAGUCUGGAGAUAUGGGAUCGACGACAACUAGGUUGGAUGCAGGGAGAGAAGCCAGAGUGUCAAGAUAUAAAAAGAAGAGACAAACAAGGUUGUUUUCGAAGAAGAUAAGGUACGAGGUAAGGAAAUUGAACGCGGAAAAGAGGCCUAGAAUUAAAGGAAGAUUUGUUAAGAGGACAAGUUUUGCAGCAUAACUUAGAAUUUCAUCAAGUAAGGUUUAUAGAAGUUCAAUAAUGAGUUUAAGAAAGUAAUGCUGCUUUUGCACUUGGUAUUUGUGUUGUAGUAUUUUCGAACACUUGAACUAUAGUUAGUUUUAAAAUCCUAAAAUUUACAUUUUA